CUCCUCCCGCACGGUUCGUUCUCCCCCCUCCAAGAUGGAGGCCUUAGGGGGCUACCCGGCCAAGUCCUCUAACCCAAAAGCGAAAAUGUUGACGGUCCUGCUCAGCAUGACGGUCGGUGUGGGUUGUUUGUUCCUCCUGCAGACGCAGCUGGUGAAGCCCAGAAAACCUCGGGAUUUCUAUUCGUUCGAAGUGAAAGACGCGAAGGGGAGGACGGUUUCUCUGGAGAAGUACCGAGGAAAAGCGUCUUUGGUUGUAAACGUGGCGAGUCACUGCGAGCACACGGAGGCGAACUACAGGUCUCUGCAGGAGCUCCACAGGGAUCUGGGCACCUCUCACUUCAACGUUCUGGCCUUUCCCUGCGGUCAGUUCGGGGACACGGAGACCGGGACCAGCCGAGACAUCGAGGCGUUCGCCAAGUCCACCUACGGCGUUACUUUCCCUUUCUUCAGCAGGAUCAAAAUAAUGGGCUCAGAGGCAGACCCUGCCUUCAGGUUCCUCACAGAUUCUGUGCAGAAACUCCCCAAGUGGAACUUCUGGAAGUUUCUGGUGAACCCAGAAGGGAAAGUGGUCCGCUUCUGGCGAACAGACGAGUCCAUGGAGAGCGUCAGGCAAGAGGUGGCGACGUUGGUGCGAGAAAUCAUCCUGAAGAAGCGGCAGGAGCUUUGAUGGAAAGCUUACAUCAACACAUACUGAACACAAAUCUAUGUGGUGUCCAUGUUUCCAGCAGAGGACUGACUGAACUCUGAACUGUUACAGUGAGUGUGGUCAGGAGAUGUCUCGCUCCAGGAACAGGGAAGGAUAAAAAAAAAAAAAAAAGAUCCAGUAGUUUUAGCCUUCAAGUCAAUGAGCAGUCACUCACAGUUAGUCACCAUGUGUGAGUCUGUGUUUGCAUGUGAAAGGGGAUCAUCCUGAGGUUGACAAUCAUUAUGAACAUUCCUGACAAAGACCACCGCUGCAGCUGAAGGAUUGUUAAGCCAUCGAAGUGGAUUUUUAUAAAUGUUCAGUUAGAAUUGAGUCUCUCCUUCAUACCAACUCUUUAUAAUGUUUACAUCACAAAUAUUUCUUAAGGAGUAGUAUUAGAUUUUGUCCUAUUUUCACUGAUUUGAGCCCAGUAAACUUUCCAUCCUACAUUAAAACAAGUUUUCUUUUCUGUAAUAAAUUACUUCAAUGCAUUAAUUGAUUAUCAAAACCAGUCGGGAGCAAUAAAACAGCUGACAACUACUCAACAAGCUGUUUCAGCUUUAAGUCUGAAUGUUUAAAAACGGAAAUUUCCCCUUGCAGGGAUCAAUAAAGUAAAUCUUCUUCUUUAUGUACAAACUGUUGCAGAAAUUAAGACUCCUGAAACCCAAUCAUCCUUUCUGAACCGGUAAAUGUUAACUGCAAAGGUCUGUGGUGUUGAUUUAAAUGGUCAGUUGGAGGGCAGAAGCAGGUAAGCUGGCACACACAAAAUCAACCAGCUAACAAGACACUGCCUACCAGCCAGCCAUGAACUGAGAAACGUCAGCGUUAUCCUUUUGAACUGUUAUAUGUGCGCCUGCUUUUCAAAAUAUCCCCCUGUUUAUUUGAGUCUAGAGGAUGCCCGUGUUUCCUGAUGAACCAACAUUUUCACCAUAUCUCAACGCAUCCAAUAAACGAGUAAAUUAUAA